CUAGGAAGUGCCUUGAAGACACAAAUUACAGCUGACUAGCACGGAUGUAUAAGCAGGCUAGUUAUGAUAUAAAUGUUGCAUUUCAUGACAGUAGCAGAAAAAAAAGACAUGAUGCCUUUUCAGCGGUAUGUGAGACGCUUCCUCUAGAAACUCUGCUGGAGGCGAUUUAUUAGAAAAAACACGAAAAGGAAGCGAACAAGUUCAUUAUCAUUCACCCUUUUGACCUCUCCGAGCAACUCCAAUGUCCUCUGGCUGUCCACCCCAGUCCCCCGCUGUGGCAAAGUCUGAGGUAGUAGUAGACGGAGAAUGCCCUCUCCUGGCUGCCACCUUUGCCUACUGGGACAACAUCCUGGGUCCACGGGUGCGCCACAUCUGGACACCAAAGGGUGACCAAUUGAUGUUCCUCAGCGACGGAGAGGUCACAUUUUUGGCCAAUCAUACACUCAACGGAGAGAUUCUGCGUAGUGCCGAGUGUGGUGCUGUGGAUGUGAAGUUCUUUGUCCUGGCAGAAAAGGGGGUCAUCAUUGUGUCUCUCAUCUUUGACGGUGAGCUGAAGGGGGACAAGAACACAUGCGCCUUGUCCAUUAUCCUGCCUCAGACGGAGCUGGCCUUCUACCUGCCUCUGCACACAAUUUGCGUGGAGAGGCUAAAGCAUGUUAUCCGCAGGGGACGCAUUUGGAUGCAGAAGGGCUACAACAUCAUCUCAGUUCUGAGCUUGGAGAUUGUCCCUAUCAUGGAGCUGUUGGCCUCUAUGAAGACGCACAGCGUGCCAGAAGAAAUAGAUAUAAAAGACACCGUGCUAAAUGAUGAUGACAUCGGGGACAGCUGCCACGAGGACUUCCUCCACAAGUCCAUCAGCUCUCAUCUGCAGACUUGCGGCUGUUCAAUAGUGGUCGGAAGCAACCCAGAGAAAGUUAAUAAGAUUGUGCGGACUCUCUGCCUUUUCCUCACCCCAGCUGAGAGGAAGUGCUCUCGCCUCUGCAAGGCCGACUCUUCCUUCAAAUAUGACACAGGCCUGUUCGUGCAGGGUCUGCUCAAGGACUCCACAGGCAGUUUCGUCCUGCCGUUCCGCCAGGUUCUCUACUCCCCCUAUCCGACCACACACAUCGAUGUCGACAUCAACACAGUCAAGCAGAUGCCACCGUGCCACGAGCACACGUACAACCAGCGGCGCUACAUGCGGUCUGAGCUCAGCACACUAUGGAAGGCGGACAGCGAGGAGGACAUAGCCCCCGACACAGUUAUUUACACGGACGAAUCCUUCACCCCUGACCUGAAUAUAUUUCAAGACGUCAUGCAUAAAGACACUUUAGUAAAGUCAUUCAUAGAUGAGGUGUUCAUGCUGAAGCCAGGCCUGUCCCUGCGGAGUACCUAUCUGGCCCAGUUCCUGCUGCUGCUCCACAGGAAGGCCCUCACGCUGCUCAAGUACAUUGAGGACGAAACGCAAAAAGGGAAGAAGCCGUUUCGAUCGUUGCGCAAUUUAAAGACUGACCUGGAUCUGACCAUCGAAGGAGACCUGAACAUUGUUAUGGCCUUCUCUGAGAAGCUGAGGGCAGGACUUCACUCGUUUGUUUUUGGGAAGCCGUUCUUCACCAGCAUGCAGGAACGAGAUGUACUCAUGAGCUUUUGACUUCAUCCUUUGCCUGCACGUUUUGUUUUUUGGUUUCUUUUAUUAUGACAUAAAUGCAUGCACAUGUGUACACUGGAGAGAGGACUUCCUUUAGCAUGAAUAUUUGUUCCUGCCUUGCUGAAAUGAAAAAAAGUGUCUUGACCAGAUAGACUGAUUGUUAUUGCUAUUGAGCCAUUAGAAUUUUUCUGAUUUUUUUUAAUUGAAUUAUUCACAGUGGAAUAAAUGAUGAAUCUAUUGUAUGACUUCUGUGAAUAGAGAGUAUUUAUUCAUUUCUUAUGUUAUAAUGAGUUUAUCAUUUGCAGUGUAAUUAAGAACCAUAUUUAUAAAAACACGAGUUAUAGUUUGUAUAGUACUGUACAACAAGCUCUCCAUUUAACAUAUUACUGAACCUGUUUGCGGAAUGUUAAUCAUGUAUAUCAACACUACGAGGUGGUGAGUUAUCAUGAAGCACAAGGUUUUUCUAUCACUUUAUAAGAGGCAAAAAGCAAUGCAAAUGAAAUCAUAUCACAAUCCCCUCUGAUCUGUUUGUGUGUAUCUGUUUGCAAGAGUCAUCAUUAAAUGCACCUCCGUAGUUGUGCAUGAAACGGUU